GCCCCAGCCUCCCGCACAGGCCGCCGGGUGGAGCCCGGGUUUCCGUCUGCUCGGGCCGGGAUCCCCCGGCGGGCCGGGCGGCGCCGCCGCCGCCAUGUUCAGCCGCCUGGGCGCCUUCCUGCAGCAGGCGGUGGAGACGCAGGAGCCCAGCAUUGACCUGCUGGAGGCAUUCACCGAGCACUGGAAAGGGCUCACUCACUACUACCUAGAGACCACAGAUGAAAACACCCCAGUUAAGGAGACCGAUAUCCCCUGGCGCCUGAAACAGAUGCUGGACAUUCUGGUGUACGAGGAGAAGCAGCAUCCAGCAGGGGAGACAGGGCCUUGUUUGGAAUACCUGCUGCAGCACAAAAUCUUGGAGACCCUCAGCACUUUGGGGAAAGCAGAGUAUCCUCCAGGCAUGAGGCAGCAGGUGUUCCUCUUCUUCAGCAGAGUCCUGGGACAGGUGCAGCAUCCACUGUUGCACUAUCUGAAUGUGCACAGACCUGUUCAGAAGCUCCUUCAGUUCGGCAGCAAUGUGCUAGGCUCUGCGACUGAGAAGGAAGAGGUACAGUUUGCCGCUGUUCUGUGUGCAAAGAUCAAGCAGGAUCCUGCUCUGCUCACGUACAUCCUGGAGGGAAAGAAUCUUCUAACUGGGAGCCCACAGGGAGAUGCCGGCAGCAGCCAGGGAGAGACCUUGGCUACCAACAGAGCCCUGACUGCAUCUCCUGAGCAGGACAGAGAACAUUCCAUGGGUGACUCCCCCUGCGCUAGCCUGGCCAGAAAACCAAAGAAUUCCGUCUCUAGCUCCUCCCCUCUGAGAAAGGAAAACAAUCUGAUCACUUCCUUAAUCAACUUGUGCAAGAGCCAGAAGAGCAGGGUUGCACUAAAAGCUCAGGAAAACCUGCUGCUUCUCAUAAGUGUCGCUCAGCAGGCAGCUGCCACGUACCUGGUACAGAACAGCGCCCUUUGCUGUCUGGUGACUGAUCACCUGUGUGACCUGUACAAUGCCGUCCCUACUUCAGCCGACCCUGCAGAUAUCCUCUCCCUAGAGAGAGUCAGCUGGAGGUUGCAGAAUAACUCCACCGAUGAGGCCUCCUUCCCAGGAAAGGGGAGCCUGGAUGCUUUCUUUAGCUGGUUAGAUUACUGUGAUCACCUCGUGAGAGAGGCCCACCCGGUAGUUGCAGAUGCUGUAACGGAGGCCAUUGGUGAAAAGCUCUUCCAGGGGAUUCUGCAGCCACAGCUCUUGCAGAUGUCUGAACUUGGCAUCCUCACCUCUACAGCAAUGCUGAUGGCCAUGGUGAGGCAGAUCAGCGCUCCUGCCUUGCUCCAGGAACUGGUGACAUUCCUGCUGGGCACAGAGAGGCAGCCAGAAGCCAUCACUGACUCUCCACAGCAGCACCUCCUGCGCUCUCAGCUGAUAGAGCACUGCAACCACCUGUCUGAUGAGAUCAGCCUCGCUACCCUGAGGCUGUUUGAGGAGCUGCUCCAGAAACCCCAUGAGCAUAUUGUAUACAGCCUAGUGCUGAGAAACCUGGAGGAGCGGAGCUACAUCCUGCGCAGCCAGCCGGGGCAGGAGGAGCGGAGCACCCAUGAGCAGGAGCAUUACGAGGACACACUGGAGCUGGAGGAAGAUCCCUAUUUCACCGAUGAAUUUCCAGAUACAGGCUUCCGGACACGUAAAAAACCAAUGGCAUCCUCCCCCCGGGGGCCUGUCAGACCUAAUGAGAAGACAGACGUGAAUGAAAUUGUUCUCAGUUUCCUGGGCCUAGUUCCUGAUGAGGCAAAGACCUCCUCCUACCUGGAGGAGGCAGGAUACGAUACCUAUGUGCACGAUGCCUUAAGGCUGUUUCAGGAAUGCUCUGCUAACAUAGCCUCAUGGAAUUGGCCUCAGGCACCAAAACCUCUGGAGCCCUGUGACCCACAAGCAGCGUUUUAUGAGGGCCACUUCCUGAAGGUGCUGUUUGACCGUAUGACACGGAUCCUGGAUCAGCCCUAUGGACUGAACCUACAAAUGACAUCAGUGCUGUCCCGCCUGGCCCUCUUCCCGCACCCGCACCUCCACGAAUACCUCCUGGACCCCUACCUGAACCUGGCUCCUGGCUGCAGGACGCUCUUCUCUGUACUCAUCAGGGUGAUCGGAGAUCUGAUGCAGAGAAUCCAGCGGGUGUCUCAGUUUCCAGCCAAGCUGCUGCUGGUCCGAAGACAGUUAAUGGGGCUGGUCCCUGAAGAGCAGACUGAUCACAUGACCCUCUUCCAGGGAGUGGUGGUGCUGGAGGAGUUUUGUAAGGAACUGGCAGCCAUCGCCUUUGUGAAGUUCACCCCCGAGGGCCCUGUGUGAGCCCAGCCUCCGGCUCUCCUCACCUGCUUCCUGGAGAGAAGAUCUGAGUGCAGUGCCAGCACGCGCUGCUGGAAUGGGGAGAUUAGUGCUCCAUGGCUUGGGGGAAGGUAGCACCACUCCUCGCUCAGCCAUCCACCUUAGCUGAGACCUUCCUGUAUCACUGGCCUCCAGAGAAUGUCUGGCUCUAACACUCACCUGCCAGAUAGCCAGACUCCCCACAUCAACCAGCCCCUCUCCACAGAGCAGCAGGGAACCAGGACUCUGCAGCAUCGCAACAGAGGGUGACUCCUCCAGACAGUCUCAACAUCUUACUCAGGUUUGAUGCUUCCCUUUCUGGGGGAAGGGGACUCUGCUUCCUACCUUACAGAACCAAUGGUUUGCUCAGAUCAUUGGUGGAAAGAACAUGCUCUGUGUUUAGCUGCCACAGCCUCCAAUGUUCAGAAAGCACGACUAGGUGCAUUGAGAGCCUUCCACCAUUUCUAUCUGCUGCCUCUUAGGAGGAGAGUGGGCAGGAGCAUUUGCAGAAAAUUAUCAGCACCCACAAUCAAGAUUUUUAUAGCUCCUCUUCCAAGUUCCUAUGGCUAGGGGGAGGGAAAGGAAUGGAUACAUGAUCAGGGCAGUGUCUAAAGCCCUGUGGAAUAGAGAUCUGCAUUGCACUUAGUGCACUGUCCUGGCAGUGAGCCCAGAAUAGACUUCUAGGUAACUGUAGGUGAAGGUAGGAUACAGCACAUUGCAAAAGUGGGUGCUCCAUCAAACCACCACCCCCCUACAGAGGCCUGCAGGCCUUGUUUCUGGACAGGUGGAAUCCAUCCAGCCUCCUCUGUGUAACACAAACAGGAACAGACAAGGGAGCCAGCCCUGGGGCUGGGUGGCCAUAAGACACUCUUCUUCAGGCCUUUAAUCAAAGUGCAACAUCUCCAGCUGGUGCUUUGCUGCACCUGGCCCAGCAGGGUCUAUUAAAAACACCCUGAAUAUAAAAUAUGGACCUGGAAGCCUGCAGUCAGACUCCACCCAUGGCACUUAUGAUGCCUUGCUGGGCGGGCGGCCAGCCUCACCUCUUCCCCUGCAGUCCAGUAGGGAAGGAGGAGUAGGGAUGGUGGGUGGCCUUGCAGUAAAAGUCACAUUCCCCCCCAGCUGUAAGAGAGGGAUAAAAAAGUGACUGGACCUACCUCCCAGACAGAUCCUGAGGCUUACUCCAUUGGUUUUGAUGUGUUUGGAGUUCCUGAGCAAAGCAGGGCAGGCAUGCUUGAUGUGGCUGUGCGACAGACAAGUCCCACUGGGCCCCAUGCGCAGCUGUCAGGGGACUUUCUGUUAAACAAGCUUUCAUUUAGUCCGAUGCUCUUGCUCGCUGAUGGGGGCUCUGGGGCAAGGAGGAACAGAAGGUACACGGAGUCCUUUAUUGGAGGAAGGGUUCAUUCUGACUUUGAACUAGCUCCAGUUGAUGCUUUCCAUAUGGUACGAAUAGAACCGCCGUGGCUCUGCCAGGCAGCAGAGACAUGUAAGGUUGCUCCUUGUCCUCAGCAAACCUUUGGAGGCAGCGCCUCGGCUCUGGCUGAUCCGAAAAUGGGAGAGCAGCCCUGCCCUGUCUUCCUGGAGGUGGGAAGGCGUUUUGCUCUAGUUCAGCUGGACUGAGUGUAAAGCAGAGCACCCUCCCACACAACCUGCCCCACUGUGAAAGGAAAAUCAGAGCUACCUCUAGAGAGCAGGAUGCUUCCCUCACAUAUCCUGGAGAAUAGCCCCUUGAGAAGCCAGGAGGGCUGGAGGCCAGCAUCAGCUGGGUUCUCACACUUCCCUGGUGUUUCCAUAUAAUGGGUCAGAUUCUUACCUGAUGUCCGGCUUCAUAGUAUCAUUGACCUACACCAGCUGAGGAUCUUGCCCACUGCUUUCCUGGGUAGCAAGGAUGAAUUUGUAAAGUGCUCUGGGAAUGAUGUUAGCAAUAGUCUUUAUACCAGCAAUACUACCCCAUUCAACAGGGCUGUGUGACUGAUAGCUAUUCACACACCCUGCAGAAUCCCAGCAUCUCACGCUCUUCCCAAUGUAGCGAAAGGUCUCUGGUAACUAGAGCUGUCAGCCAACAAGAGGCGAUACAAAUUACUGUAUUUGGGCAGUGCCUAGCACAAUGGGGCCCCAAUCUUGGUUGAUCUCUAGGCACUACCAUAAUACAUCUGAUGAACACCACCCUGUCAGGGCAGCUUGUAAGCCUGACAAAUCUCACCACAACUGGGUUCUUGACAUUAAUAUUAAGUGCAGGCUGGAUGCUUAGGGGCACCAUUGGGUUGGCAAUGCACUAUUUAAUGUUAUUGAGGAAGACAGUUCCUUGCCUGAUGGAGCUUAACAGAGAAAGCUGUUUGAAGGCCAAUGAUCUCCUGAUUAUUUUCUAGGACAACGACAUUAAGUGAUUCUUAUAGCAUAUUUAGCUAUAUUGCAUUAUCUACAGAGGGGCUUUUGGUCUUGUGUUGCCUCUUAUCAACCACGCACAAAGGUGUGUACACCUGGCUGCUUGGUAAAUCUGGGUUUUGGUGUUAUAUUUAUGGCAACUGCAUGUGGUAAGUGGGUACAAUGAACUAGCAAAUGUUACAGCGCCACCUCUUUUCAGAACUAUGCACUUUUAAAUGUAUGGUGUGUAACUAAACCAACUGUAAACUUUGUGCAGUUUAAGUCUGUACAUAUGUAUCAGGUACAAGUAACUUAACUCUUCCUGUGGCAAUAAAGUGAUGUCUUGAUAAAUUUGAA